AUGGCGCCCACGGCCCGUGCAAAAAAGGUACAAAUGACCAGCUCCACGCCGAGAACACAGUGGGACACCCCUCACCCCUCAAUACGGAGCUAUAUGCCAACCCCCAUAGUCUUACGCACGCAAGGGGAGACAUCAAACAUGGUGCCGUCCUCGCCGAGCACGUUGUCGGAAGAUGGCUCCCACACAGACAUCAGCAUGCCUACAGCAUCCACUCCAGACUGGUAUGCCCUGUUUGUCUCCCUACCUAAAAAGGAGGACAUCCACUCUCUCUUGGAGGAGGUGAAAUCUGCACUUCACACAGAAAUGUGCUCUCUCACCACUUCACUCAUAGCACUGGAGGCAAGAGUGACGGCCCUGGAAAGCAGGGGUCCAAGUCAGCAGGGUCCUAUCCUGCCAUGCCCAGCAUUAUAA